GAUAAGCGGAGCUGUGAGGGCUGCAUCACAGAUGUCGCGGCCGAUGUGAUAAUGAAUGGUAAUGAUUACCAAUAAGCCGAUGUGAACACGUCAAAGGUGCACUUCCGCGUAGUGUUAUAACCUACGAAGCAAAACACCGGAAUUUCGAGAGAGGAAAGAGAAAAACCGGAUCCGGAAGUGGAAGCCGCUCGAUGCAGAUAGCAGGAGAACGCUGGACCGGUCUCCACUAGCAACGACGAAGAUGAUCCUGAGGAAUCUAUCGUCGACGACGUUCAAGCUCUUCCUGAGUCACUUCCUUCUGUGCUGCCUCAUCUCGUACGUGAACAGCCUGGGGCAGGUGAUAUACGCGGUGAACUGCGGCGGAGAGGCCCACACCGAUGCGCUGGGCAUCCACUACGAAAGGGAUCCACUGCACGGCAGGAUUGGCAUUGCAUCAGAUUAUGGCAAGAGGCUGAUCAUCGGACGUGUGCAUCCCAAUGAUAACAUCCUCUAUCAGACGGAGAGAUACCACACAAACACCUUCGGCUAUGACAUUCCAUUGAACUCGGAUGGUGAGUACGUUCUGGUGCUCAAAUUCUCUGAGGUGUACUUCUCCGCACCAGAUCAGAAGGUCUUCGAUGUGGUCUUGAAUGGGGAUCACACGAUCGUCACAGAUUUAGAUAUUUACGAGAGGGUCGGUCGUGGGAUCGCGCACGACGAGUACGUGCCUUUUGUUAUAAGUAAAGGUAAACUGAUCUUCAACGGUGAAGAAUCGGAGAUUAGAGGCGGAAAGAUCCGCGUCGAGUUCAUCAAGGGCUACAAGGAUAAUCCGAAGAUCAACGCGAUGUACGUGAUGAAGGGUAAAGUGGAGAACGUCCCCAAGUUACCGCCAAUCCAGGAGCCCGAACCGGUGACGGACAGCCCGAAGGAGGAGGAGAAGGAGGUGCCGAAAAAUCGAAGACCGAGCGGCCCGAAGAUGCCCGAUCCGUACACGAUGGACGACUCCUCGGCGAUGCUUCCCAUCUUCAUCGCAUUGGGCGCCUUCGUUCCGUUCCUCUUCUGUUUAUGCAAGUUGUGAUUGCGGCUACAAUCGGGGCUUAAAUCAAUUAUUAUUGUGAUUCGUCAUGCACAACAGCAACAACAACAACAACAACACAUCGUCACAUUUAGAACGUACUUAAAUACUUUCCCGUUUAUAUCCUGGUUUUCCCUACUUUUAACAAUUUUAGAAUAUCCUUAUUAAUAUUAUCAUUACUAUUGGGACUUUGGAAUUUGCUCAAUAACUUUUUUUUUACACGGUGAGGUUGUCUGCAGUAUUAUUUUAUAGGUUCAAAGAAAAUUGUUAUUAUUAAUAAUAUUAUUAUUAUUAUUUAUUAUCCAAAUCAAUUGUUGCGUCAAUUGUUUCGUGAUUUUGUCGUUGUUUUUUUUUUCAGUUUCACC